CAUUGCUCUGGAGGCGAAAUCUUCCUGUUAUUUAUCGUGGUGUUUUUUUCUUGGAACGAGUUAGGGUGAAUUCGGACUCUUGUCGCGACACCAGGGUCAUUGGCGUGAUUUUGCUGCGACCAGAAGGGCGGGACUCCUGACGGUCUGACUCAGCUUCUAGAGCAGUAGUUCUCCAUUGGCUGCACGUUAGAAUCCCCAGUAUACUUUUUAAAAAUUUUAACUAUAGAUACCCAGCGCGACUCCAUUCCGAUAGAUGAAAACCUAAGCAGGGUCUGGACGACAAUACUUUCUAAACCAUUCCAAGUGUUAUUACGCAGUGAGGACGGAAGACGCCCUUCUAAGUGCCUGAUUUUGAUCCCCACGAGGAUCAUCUUCGGGACCUGCGGCUCCCGGACUCGCUUUCCACUAUUAGCUAAAUGGGUCUUAUCACGUGCAUUUUGCUUACUCGGUUUGGUCACGGAUUCCAUUUUAAGCUCCGCCAGAAGCUUAUUUUUGGGAUUAUGGUAGUGUUGCUGAUUUCAGCCUCCCUCCCUCUCUGAAUUCAGCAUGGGGGAGCAGUCAGAGUACUGUAAGGUUCCAGAGGAUCUGUUCAAUGGUUUGAAGGUUACAGAUCCCCAGGAAGCAGAGAGUGCCAGCCCUCCAGUUCCUGAUCCCAAAGAUCAGCAUUCCCAGAGCAAGCUGCUGAAAGAUGACAAAGCCCAGCUCCAGGAUGACCAGGGAGAAGAGGAGUAUUUUCAUGACUGCAGUGCCUCAUUCGAGGAGGAGGAGCCAGGAGUGGAUAAGGCUGAGAACAAAGCUGAUGAUGGUGUGAAUUCCUCUGAACUAGAUGAAGAAUACCUAAUAGAACUGGAAAAAAACAUGCCAGAUGAAGAGAAGCAGAAAAGGAGAGAGGAGAGCACUAGACUAAAGGAGGAGGGAAAUGAGCAGUUUAAGAAAGGAGAUUAUAUAGAAGCUGAAAGUUCUUAUAGUCGAGCCCUUCAGAUGUGCCCAUCCUGCUUCCAGAAAGACAGAUCUAUUCUGUUUUCAAAUAGAGCUGCUGCAAGGAUGAAACAGGACAAGAAGGAGAUGGCCAUCAGUGACUGCAGCAAAGCAAUUCAGCUAAACCCCAGCUAUAUCAGGGCACUUUUGAGAAGAGCGGAGUUGUAUGAGAAGACAGACAAGCUAGAUGAAGCCUUGGAAGACUAUAAAUCUAUAUUGGAAAAAGAUCCAUCAAUACAUCAAGCAAGAGAAGCUUGUAUGAGAUUACCUAAGCAAAUUGAAGAACGUAAUGAAAGACUAAAAGAAGAGAUGUUAGGGCUACUAGGUACCUGUCCCUGCCUUGAAGACCUAGAGCAACUACGUGAAACUCAUUUAUCCCCUCAAAGACACAAAGGCGAGGAGGACAUUGCUGGUAAUCCCACCGUCCUUUCAUUAGCACAUGUCACUGCUUCCCAGCCCUGUCCAAGGUGGCAUACAUGUGGGCCUUGUUCAUGAUCCAGCCCACGUUUUCCCUCAUGCCGUGACCUCCUUCCACCUUCUUGGAUCAUAUUUCUGGUCUCC